UUUCCUUUUUUAAAUUUUUUUUGAAGAUUUGGAAAUGGUCAAGAAACCAAGUGAAAGAGAGGGCAAUGAAGAGAAUUUAGUGGAAAUUGGAAUUCAGAAGCUGACAAAUGUUUGAAGAAAAAGCACUAGGAACUUUUGCAGACAAAUCCAGACCCACCCACAUACUCAUCCCACAUGGAUGUGUGAGAUAAAGCCUAGAGGACAUCUGCCCCACCUUCACAUUCUUUCCCUCUUUCUUUCUUUCUUUCUUUCUUCUUGUUUGUGUGUGGUGUGUCUUAAAAAAUGUUUGCCAGCUCUUUGUUCUUUAAUCAGAGUAGUUUUAUACGUGUUGAUUAUAUGACAAACCUUCCUAUCACUUCUGGCUGUCUUUCCAUUUGUUAUCUGAGGGAAGACUAGAAAGAAGAAGAUAUAUUCCAUGAAUAUAUAUCUAUUCUUGGAUCUGGAGAGAUUCUUUUAUUACAGUUUUGUUUUUUGGUAGUAUUAGUUUCUUACAGGAAAAUACAGAGAGAGUAAUGAUGUUUUCAACUAUGGCUACAUACUUUAUGUUCAUAUUAUAUUGAGUUUUUUGGUAUUGGGAAUUGGUCCCCUGCCUUUUCUUUCCUUUUGGUUCUAUUACAAAGUAAUUCUUUGUCCUUUGAGAACCCAAUAUGGUAUCCUUUCAGUUUCACGUACUGAUUAAAAUUUGAUUUGAGUUUUCUCGUUCUUUGUAUGUUCCUUUUCUUGUAUUUUUCUCUCGAUUGUCGCUAAAGUUUGACAAAUUGGAGGGAUUUAAUGGAAAUUCUGAAAUGAGCAGUUAUGUUUUAGGAGGAGCAUUUGUGAGAUUGUGAUUUUGAUAGCUAAAGGACUAAUCUUGAUAUUUUUGGUGUUGAUGGGUACCUAAAAGUUUAUGUUUUGAGCUGGAAAUUAGCUGGAACGCGGUGGGGCUUUAAGAGAAAUAUUUAAGGAGCCAUAUAUAUAUUUAUGCAGAAAGAUUUUACUUUUCUCAUCUUCUUUGAUUUUUUGGAGGAAAAAUUCUCUAUUUGGAAACGCUAACUUUGGAGUUUCAUGUAUAUGGAAAGUGCUUUAUUCUUCUUUUGGUUCUUAGAGUUGGUAAAAUAGGAGUUUGCCCUUCGAAUAUUUAUUAACGUAACAGGUCUGUGAAGAAUAAAAAGAUAAGAAAUUGUCAGGAGAAGAUAAGAGUUCAAUGGUGGAUGUGACUCAAGAGUGAAGCAAAGUCUGUCAACUGUCUGAUGCCAAUAUUUCUUAAAUGUGUACCAAAGAAUUGCUUAGAGCUUGAAAUGUUGUAAGCAUUUGGUUUAGAUAAUGGAUGAUGGAUAAUUAGUAAGUGUAACUAUUCAAUUGGAUUGGUUGAGGAGAGGAAGGGGAGAUGGCAGCAAAACUUUUACAUUCGUUAGCAGAUGAUAAUCCAGAUUUGCAGAAGCAAAUAGGAUGCAUGACAGGGAUUUUUCAGCUUUUUGAUCGUCACCAUGUCCUCACCGGUAGGCGAAUCAACCAUCGGAGGCUUCUUCCAGGUGAUUCCCACUUGAAUAAUGGUAUAUCAGAAAGGGAAUCUUUUAAUGUCUACCAUCGGUCUACGGAGGCUGAGAUGAAUUUUAACAAGAAUUUGAAUGAGAAGCAGAGGAAUUCUAUGGAAUCAUCAAGACCAUCUUUCUCAUCAUCUUGUUCAUCCUCCUUGUCCUCUCAAGAUUGUAGCAGAACAGCUCAACCAGAAGCUUCCUCUUUUGACAGAAUUAUUUUCCCUGAUACUUCUUCAAGGGAUGCUAUUCUAAACCAGCCUAGUACCUCUCCUCAUUUAGGACGGCAAUCCCUCGAUCUUCGAGAUGUUGUCAAGGACUCAAUGUAUAGAGAAGCUAGAGGUCUGUCGGUCAAAACUCCAACUAAAGAGGAAACAAUGGGCCAUGUACAUGCAAUUAAGCAUAAAGACUCACCAAGGCCAUUACAUCUCUCAAAAUCUGUGGAUGGAUCUUAUGGAAAUGGGAACAAGGGGAAGCAAAAUUCUCCUGUUGAUCUCAAGGAGUCCCUUAGAGUUCUUGCUAAACUUAGAGAAGCGCCUUGGUAUUACAAUGAAACUAGAGAACGGCCAAGAUCAUCGCAUGAUGUAAAAGAUGGGACUUCUUGUAUAAUUUCAAGAGAUGCUCCUCGGUUUUCUUAUGAUGGGAGAGAAAUGAAUCGUUUAUCUUUCGAGUCACGGGAUACCAUUAAGUCCACACUAAAGCUAAAAGAGCUGCCUAGACUUUCAUUAGAUAGUCAGGAAAUUUCAUUGCGGGUUCACAACUCUGAUUCAAGAUCAAGUCACAUUUCAAAAGAUUUAAGAAAUGGUGGAAAUUCAAAUGAAAAAGUUUAUAAUCUACAACAUUCAGUGGAAACUCAGAAACGGCCUUCUAAUGUAGUAGCCAAGUUGAUGGGUUUAGAAGCAUUGCCAGAGUCCGCAUCAACUAGUUCUUGUCAGUCAGGUCUAGUCAAGUGCUUACCUGUUGAACUUGGUGACUUCUCAACAUCACUCAUAGCAAAUGAUGUAAACAGGCGAAUUCGGAUUCCUAAGUCCCCAAGAAGCUUAUCAAAAGAGCCAAUAUCACCAAGGUGGAAAAAUCCAGAUCUGAUCAUGAAACCUAUUUCAAGGUUGCCAAUUGAACCAGCACCAUGGAAGCAGCCGGAAGGAAGUCGAGCUUCUCAGAAAUCUGCAAAAAUUUCAGCCAAGGAAACAAACCCCUUUCCCACAGUUUACAGUGAGAUUGAGAAAUUGAAAGAUCUUGAGUUCAAUCAAUCUGGAAAGGAUCUUCGAGCUCUUAAACAGAUUCUGGAAGCAAUGCAGGCUAAGGGGCUCUUGGAGACCACAAAAGAAGAACAAGGUUCAAACACUGGGACCCAGAGGGAGUAUGAACCAAACUGUACUAGCACCCGGAAAAAGCCAAGGUUCUUAAGUCAACGAAACCAACAUAACAACUAUGUUAAUGCUUCCACAACUAGAGGCUCAGAUUCUCUGAGGAGUUAUGAAUCCCCCAUUGUGAUCAUGAAACCAGCCAAACUGGCUGAGAGAUCUGGUAUUCAUUCUUCUUCAUUAAUUCCACUAGAUGGCCUUCACGGUCUUCAUAGAAUUCCAAGCAGUGGACAUGCAGAUGGUAAAAAUGGAUCAUCUAACAGCAGAAAAGCUAAAGAUCAAUCUCCUAGAAUCAGUCACCGGGGUUCUGCUGUCAACUCCAAUGAUAAGAAAGCUAGUGUGAGGAAUAAAUCAACUCAAUCUUCAACAAGACCUCAACUAUUGCCAAAAGAAAGCACCACAAGUUCAAUAAAAAUCUCAGGAUCUGUGAGUCCAAGACUGCAACAGAAGAAGCUUGAGUUUGAGAAGCGAUCUCGUCCACCAACGCCUCCAUCUGAUUCAAACAGGCCUAGAAGGCAAGCCAACAGAAUCUCAACUGAAUCAGGUUCCCCUGGUGGGAAAAGUAGACUAAAAUCUCACAAAUUUCCACAAAAUGAUGACCAACUGAGCCAGAUAAGUACUGAAUCAAGUCACCAAGGUGACGACAUUUCUCUUCAGUCCGACAGCUCUGUUGUCUUUGAAUUAAAAACGGAUGUGGAAGUUACCAGUAAUGAAUAUUCAACUGAGAUCAAUGCUGACCAGAGUCCAUCUAUGAAGGGUGGCUGUCACUUGGUCUCUAGCUCAGAACAGAAAAAACCAGCUUCAAGGUUGGAAGAAGACAGAACACUGUCAGAUCUUACAGUUGACACACCAGAGCAGCCUAGUCCCAUCUCUGUUCUGGAUGCUUCAGUGUAUAGAGAUGAUGCGUUGUCUCCAGUAAAGCAGAUACCAAAUGCCCCUAAAGGUGAUGGCGCUGAAGAUUCCAAAGAACAACACAGUAAAAAUCAGUGGAACCUUGCAGAUAACUUCUCAUCCAACAGUGUCAGUUCUGCUCUUCCAUCGGAGAUCAGUCGCCAGAAAUUACAAAAUGUUGAGAACUUGGUACAGAAACUUAGACGAUUAAACUCCACUCACGAUGAAGCCAGUACGGAUUACAUUGCAUCACUUUGUGAGAACACAAAUCCAGACCACAGAUACAUUUCUGAGAUCUUAUUAGCUUCCGGUCUUCUACUCAGAGACCUUGGAUCUAGCAUGGCAACAUUUCAGCUCCAUCCAUCAGGUCACCCCAUUAACCCUGAGUUAUUUUUCGUAUUGGAGCAAACCAAGGCCAGUUCUUUACUUUCAAAAGAAGAGUGCAGCCCUGCAAAGAGCUUCUACUUGAAGCCAAAUCUCGAAAGGUUUCACCGCAAGCUCAUAUUUGAUGCUGUUAAUGAAAUGAUUGUGAAGAAGUUGGCACUCCUGGGGCCUUGUCCUGAGCCAUGGUUGAAAUCUGAUAAACUGGCAAAGAAGACCCUCAGUGCUCAAAAGCUGCUAAAAGAGUUGUGUUCAGAGAUUGAACAGCUUCAAGUCAAGAAGUCUCUAUGCAGCUUAGACGAGGAGGAGGAUGAUCUCAAAAGCAUUCUGUGGGAUGAUGUAAUGUGCCGGUCAGAGAGUUGGACAGAUUUUCAUAAUGAAGUUUCUGGUUUAGUGUUAGAUGUUGAGAGAUCAAUAUUUAAGGAUUUAGUUGAUGAAAUUGUGAUUGGCGAAGCAGCUGGUUCACGCACCAAACCAGGUAGGCGAAGGCAGCUAUUUGCAAAGUAGCUAGUAGUAAUAUGCAAAAUAGCAUCUCCUAAUUCUUGAUUUUACCCUUUUUUGUUUGUUUUUUUUGUCCCUAUCAUUCUGAUUUACAUUUUUUAUAUUAAAGAAAAAUAAUUAUGGGUAAGAACUGCAUUUCCGUUUUGAAAUGUAAAGAAAAUAUUUUCUCAGAUUUUGACAAUAUACAUAUUCAUAAGAGUGAAUGAAUGAAUAUAUGCAUAACUUUUUUGUUUAA